CUCCUCUCCUCCUUCAUCCGUCCCUCCGUCCCUCCCUCCCUCCCUUCCCAACCCAUGCUGUGCAGAGGGGAGAUUGACACAGCAUUUUCAGCCCGGGGUGAGUGAGUACGCACAGGAGAGCACGGCACAGACAGGAUUAUGGUCAGCGAAGGAGGCAGUGGAGGACAAUAACGGAUUCAAAGAGAGAAACAACAGGGAUAAACGAAAGAAGAAGCGAUGAAGAAGAAACUAAAGGAACAAACUAAAAGAGAGGAAGAGUGAAAGAAGGGACCACAGACCACAUGAAUCUAAGGAUGUGGGACCUUUGCCCUGGACAGUGAAAGUGGGAUUUUGGGAAGUGAAGAACAAGGAACCCAAAUUACAACCACGUGACAGAAAACAACAAACAACUUGUGGUCUUCUCAGUUGUCCAAGCAUCACCUCCAUGGUGUAGACCUGAGUCUGGCCUCCCAACCAGGCCCCAUACCAGAGAUCCCUGGUGCCAUGGGAACAAGUAGGUCCAACAGGUUCAGCAAUGUGUCAGAGUUUUUACCAGAGGAGGCCCGCCAGAAGAUCUCUAGCUUAGGACUCCAUAACGGCCACGGUUCCCCCAGCUUGCGACUACACUCGCCCUUCGACGCGGAGACAGAAGACAGUAGGAGGAGGUCGGGAGCCUCUGCUUCCGAGCCCAGCGCAAGGGGACAAGGAGGGAUGAACAACUACAACGGGAAGGUUCUGACAAGGGGCUCCGGACAAGCACGGAGCCGGUUUGUAAAGAAAAAUGGACAAUGUAAUGUUCUGUUCACCAACAUGGAUGAAAAGAGGCAGCGCUACCUGGCCGACAUCUUCACCACCUGCGUGGACACCCGCUGGAGAUACCUGCUGCUUAUAUUCUGCGUCAGCUUCCUGGUCUCGUGGCUUUUCUUUGGCAUUAUCUUUUACAGUGUCGCCCUGGUACAUGGCGACUUUGAGGAGCAACCGACGGUGAAGGGUGAUGGGCUGGCGGUGGGGAUGGCGGGGCUUUAUGGGCCCACCUCUGGACACACAUCUGGAGGGCAGCCACAAAGGAUGCCCUGCAUACUUCAUGUCCAUGGCUUUGUUGGGGCGCUCCUGUUCUCCAUGGAGACCCAGACCACCAUUGGUUACGGCUGGCGCUGCGUUACUGAGGAGUGCCCCGCCGCUGUCAUAACAGUAGUCGUCCAGUCCAUUGUGGGCUGCAUCAUUGACUCUUUCAUGAUUGGCACCAUCAUGGCCAAGAUGGCGCGGCCAAAGAAGAGGAACCAGACCCUUAUGUUCUCCAAAAAUGCUGUCAUUGCCCUUCGCGAUGGCAAGCUGUGCCUCAUGUGGAGGGUGGGCAACCUGCGGAAGAGCCACAUCGUAGAGGCGCAUGUCCGUGCCCAGCUCAUACGUUCUUACGUCACAGCUGAGGGCGAGUACAUUCCCUUGGAGCAGAUGGACCUCAACGUGGGCUAUGAUGAGGGCACAGACCGUCUGUUCCUAGUAUCCCCGCUGGUUAUAAUCCACGAGAUAGAUAAAGACAGCCCCUUGUAUACUUUAAGCCGAGCUGAUCUGGAGGCAGAUGACUUUGAGAUUGUCGUGAUCUUGGAGGGGAUGGUGGAGGCCACGGCCAUGACCACCCAGUUUCGUAGCUCCUACGUCGCCAGAGAGGUCUUCUGGGGUCACAGGUUUGAGCCUGUGAUCUACGAGGACCGUGACCGCUACAAGGUAGACUACAGUCGCUUCCACCAGACCUACGAGGUGCCGUCAACGCCCCACCUCAGCGCCAAAGAGCUCGACGAGGCCGCGAGUCGGGCCGCUUCUCCCGCCUUUGCAUCUAGAUCCUCGCAAGACUUGAUUCCAAGGUCGCUGAGCGCCUUUUGUUACGAGAACGAGGUGGCGCUGAGCUGUGGGGAGGACGAGGACGACAUCUUCGACUCCCAGAUUGUGGGGAAGGAGAGGGCCGAGGAUAGGAGGACUUCAGUUUCUGUAGACUUCCAAAAUAUGUUCCAGGACACUGCGACCAUGACAUCAGGCAGUCAUAGCGUCAUGUGUGUUAUGGACAUGGACAAUAAUCAGAUGGAGUUUGACAUCCUACAGACUGCCAUCCCCCUUGAUCCAGUGACCUAUAAGAGUGAGCAAGAGACCUAAAGACUGUCAUGAACUUCAUCUCCAAUGAGUUGGACCUGAAGACCAAUUGCUUGGUGAUGUGUUCAAUUUUGGAUUACAUGUACAGAAAUGUAAACCCCUUUUGCCUUGCCAGUGUUGUUUUACAUUUAUAUUUGUUUGAUUGAUUCUGGAGGAGGACAGAAUCUCUGACAAAGCGCUGACGGGCUUUUAUCAUCAUUUUGUAACCAAAGGAAAGCACAAUGGCAGUAAAAGUACAGAAACUUGAGUCAUGUUUCGACAGUACGCGCAUUUUGUAUAGUUAAAGAAUUUACUUUAUUUAAGAUCUUUCCUGUGAAUGUAAACAGGAGAUUUUAUAGAAGCUUUAGCAGUUUUGAUGUAAUUCUCUUCCUUUUCUAAGAGGACUGACCUCAAGACUUAAAUGGUAAAUUUUUAAGAUGUACUGUUUCAAUUUAUGCUUGAGGAUCUCCGUGUUGUUCAUGUCUGAAAAAGUUCCCUGCAAAUUUGCACUUUUGUGAGACUGCCCAGCCAACUGUUAUCAGGUCAUUAAAUGGGGCGUUAUCAGUACACAUAAGCCUCAUAGAUAUGGGCCAGUAGGGCCCUGCUGCACCCACUAGUAGGUUUUGUCAUCUAUUCACAUGGUCGAUCACCGAAAGAUGAAUAAAAGAAGAAGACAGUGGUUUUGUUGCCUAAAUCUAAAGAAGCCAUUUUAUUUGUGUUAAUACGUAACAUUUCAUUACGUUUUACAAUGUGUUAGAAGUUUCACUUUCAGUUUUACAACCUAGUUGGCGUAGUGGGCCCCUACUGACCCACAUCUAUGAUGCUUUUAGCGACCGAUAACGCACAUUUAAUUGCCUGAUAACAGUUGAAUCACGGUACUGCCUGUUUUGUUAAAUCUUUUCCUGUAAUACAUAAAAACCUCCCUUUAUUUAUGUACAUUAGAGAGAAACUACUGUUGUUGGUUUUUCUGUGGUGCAGUAUACUCCCAGGACCAUUCCAAGUGCAAUCACUAAGUGUAGCAGAAGGAGUAUUAUUUCUGAAUUUGAUUAAGACUCCUGAGGACAACAUCUUGACAAUAUCUCCUACAAAUGUCUUGAUUUAUCGCGAUUUCGGAAAACAUCACUGCAUUUUAAAUCUUGUUUUAAAAACAUUUUUUUCUUCUGCAAACAAAGCUAAGUUUUAGGAGAAUGUAAUGAAAACUAAACAGAAUAUUUAAAGAGGACCUGUUAUGCUUUUGUGCUUUUUCCCUUUCCUUUAGUGCGUUAUAGUUAUUUGUGCAUGUAAAGGUCUGCAA